CAACUGGGUGACUGCUUUGAGAAACCGGCUUGUGAGCCGCGGCGGGAAAGGCGCGUGUCGGUUUCUCACUGGCGCAGGCUCCACCGCGGUCGUCGCUGUCCCGCCCUGCCCGGGCGUCGUUGCUAGCACCAGAGUGGACGAAGCGCGGCCCGGGCAUGGGCAGCCGGGGGGAUGCGAACGCCGCGGGUGCCUCGGCUGCGCGUUGGGUGACAGGGCUGUGUUACAACAUGAGACUUCUGAUUGCGCUGGCUUCACUGUGCCUGUUUUCCUUGGUAGAGGCCAAUUCAAAAGCCAUUACCACCUCUCUUACCACAAAGUGGUUUUCUGCUCCACUGCUAUUGGAAGCCAGUGAGUUCUUAGCAGAAGACAGUCAAGAGAAAUUUUGGAGUUUUGUAGAAGCCAGUCAAAAUAUUGGAUCAUCAGAUCAUCACGAUUCUGAUCAUUCCUAUUACAAUGCCAUAUUGGAAGCUGCGUUUCAGUUUCUGUCACCUUUGCAGCAGAAUUUCCUGAAAUUUUGUCUCUCUCUCCGUUCCUACUCCGCCUCAAUUCAAGCCUUCCAGCAGAUCGCAGUUGAUGAGCCUCCACCAGAAGGAUGUAAGUCAUUUUUCUCAGUACAUGGGCAGCAGACCUGUGAUUUUGAUUCUCUGGAGUCCCUUCUGUUAACUGCACCUGACAGACCUAAACCUUUAUUGUUCAAAGGAGAUCACAGAUAUCCCUCAUCAAAUCCUGAAAGUCCAGUGGUGAUUUUUUACUCUGAGAUUGGCCAUGAAGAAUUUUCUAAUAUUCACUACCAACUUAAAUCAAAAAGCAAAGAAGGCAAAAUUAACUAUGUAUUCAGACAUUAUAUAUCUAAUCCCAGGAAAGAGCCAGUUUACCUUUCUGGCUAUGGUGUGGAAUUGGCAAUUAAGAGCACGGAGUACAAGGCCAAGGAUGAUACUCAGGUGAAAGGAACUGAUGUGAAUACCACAGUCAUUGGUGAGAAUGAUCCUAUUGAUGAAGUUCAGGGGUUUCUUUUUGGAAAAUUAAGAGAACUGUACCCCACCUUGGAAGAACAACUGAAAGAAUUCCGGAAGCAUCUUGUGGAGAGCACCAAUGAAAUGGCACCCUUGAAAGUUUGGCAACUGCAAGAUCUCAGUUUCCAGACUGCUGCCCGAAUCCUGGCUGCCCCUGUGGAGUUAGCUUUGGUGGUGAUGAAGGAUAUUAGUCAGAAUUUUCCUACCAAAGCCAGAGCAAUAACCAAAACAGCUGUGAGCUCUCAACUUAGAACGGAAGUGGAAGAGAAUCAGAAGUAUUUCAAGGGAACUAUGGGAUUGCAGCCUGGAGAUUCAGCUCUUUUCAUCAAUGGACUUCAUAUUGAUUUAGAUACCCAGGAUAUAUUCAGUCUGUUUGAUACUUUGAGGAAUGAAGCCCGGGUAAUGGAGGGUCUGCACAGACUAGGAAUAGAAGGCCUUUCUCUACACAAUAUUUUGAAGCUCAACAUCCAGCCCUCUGAGACUGACUAUGCAGUAGACAUCAGGAGUCCUGCUAUUUCAUGGGUCAACAACCUAGAGGUUGAUAGCCGAUAUAAUUCAUGGCCUUCUAGUUUACAAGAUUUACUUCGACCCACCUUUCCUGGCGUUAUACGACAGAUCAGGAAAAACUUGCAUAACAUGGUUUUUAUUGUUGAUCCUGUACAUGAGACCACAGCUGAGUUGAUUAGUAUAGCUGAGAUGUUCCUCAGCAAUCACAUACCAUUAAGGAUUGGUUUUAUCUUUGUGGUCAAUGACUCGGAAGAUGUUGAUGGCUUGCAAGACGCUGGAGUCGCUGUUCUGAGAGCGUAUAAUUAUGUUGUCCAAGAAGUGGAUGGUUAUCACGCCUUCCAGACUCUCACAAACAUCUAUAACAAGGUGAGGACUGGAGAAAAAGUGAAAGUUGAGCAUGUGGUCAGUAUCUUGGAGAAGAAAUACCCGUAUGUUGAAGUGAAUAGCAUUCUGGGGAUCGAUUCUGCUUAUGAUCAGAACCGGAAGGAUGCGAGAGGCUACUAUGAGCAGACUGGUGUUGGUCCCCUGCCUGUUGUCUUGUUCAAUGGCAUGCCCUUUGAGAAGGAACAGCUAGAUCCUGACGAGUUGGAAACCAUUACAAUGCACAAGAUCUUGGAGACCACUUCCUUCUUCCAAAGGGCGGUGUAUUUGGGUGAACUGCCGCAUGAUCAAGACGUGGUAGAAUAUAUCAUGAAUCAACCAAAUGUUGUUCCGAGAAUCAAUUCUAGGAUUUUGACAGCUAAGCGAGAGUAUCUGGAUCUGACAGCAAGCAAUAACUUUUUUGUGGAUGAUUUUGCCAGAUUUUCUACUUUGGACUCUAAGGGCAAGACCGCUGCUAUAGCCAACAGUAUGAACUAUCUUACUAAAAAAGGAAUGUCCUCCAAGGAAAUCUAUGAUGAUUCCUUUAUUAGGCCAGUGACUUUUUGGAUUGUUGGGGAUUUUGAUAGCCCAUCUGGACGGCAGUUAUUAUAUGAUGCCAUUAAACAUCAGAAAACCAGUAACAAUGUUAGGAUAAGUAUGAUCAAUAAUCCCAGCCAAGAGAUAAGUUACUCAAACACUCCAAUCUUCAGAGCCAUCUGGGCAGCUCUCCAAACACAGACCUCCAACUCAGCUAAGAACUUCAUCACCAAAAUGACCAAAGAGGAGACAGCAGAGGCCCUGGCUGCAGGAGUGGACAUCGGGGAAUUCUCUGUUGGGGGCAUGGAUGUCAGUCUUUUUAAAGAGGCCUUUGAGUCUUCCAAAAUGGAUCCCAUUUUGUCUCAUGCGCUGUACUGCAGGGAUGUUCUGAAGCUGAAGAAGGGACAGAGAGUGGUGAUCAGCAAUGGAAGGAUCAUUGGGCCGCUGGAGGAGAGUGAGCUCUUUAACCAAGACGAUUUCCACCUCCUAGAAAAUAUCAUCUUGAAAACAUCUGGACAGAAAAUAAAAUCUCAUAUCCAACAGCUUCGCGUAGAAGAAGAUGUGGCAAGUGACUUGGUAAUGAAGGUAGAUUCUCUCCUGUCAGCACAACCCAAAGGAGAGGCACGGAUCGACUACCAGUUCUUUGAAGACAAACACAGUGCAAUUAAACUGAAGCCCAAUGAAGGAGACACAUACUAUGAUGUGGUAGCUGUUGUUGACCCUGUCACAAGAGAAGCACAGAGGCUUGCCCCCUUGCUCUUGGUUUUGACUCAGUUGAUAAACAUGAAUCUAAGAGUAUUUAUGAAUUGCCAAUCCAAACUUUCGGACAUGCCUUUAAAAAGCUUUUAUCGUUAUGUCUUAGAACCAGAGAUCUCUUUCGCUGCAGACAACAGCUUUGCGAAGGGACCAAUAGCCAAGUUUCUGGAUAUGCCACAGUCUCCCCUGUUCACUUUGAAUUUGAACACGCCUGAGAGUUGGAUGGUAGAAUCUGUCAGAACACCGUAUGAUCUUGAUAAUAUUUAUCUAGAGGAGGUGGACAGUGUAGUGACUGCUGAGUAUGAGCUGGAAUACCUGUUAUUAGAAGGUCAUUGCUAUGACAUCACCACAGGCCAGCCCCCUCGAGGACUACAGUUCACUUUAGGAACUUCAGCCAACCCAACAAUUGUGGACACGAUUGUGAUGGCCAAUUUGGGAUAUUUUCAGCUCAAAGCCAAUCCGGGAGCCUGGAUUCUCAGACUGAGGAAGGGGCGCUCUGAUGAUAUUUAUAGAAUCUACAGCCACGAUGGCACAGAUUCUCCUCCUGAUGCAAAUGAUGUUGUUGUCAACCUCAAUAACUUCAAAAGCAAGAUCAUCAAAGUGAAGGUUCAGAAGAAAGCAGACAUGGUUAAUGAAGACUUGUUGAGUGAUGGAACAAAUGAGAACGAAUCCGGAUUUUGGGACUCAUUCAAAUGGGGCUUUUCAGGACAGAAGACUGAGGAAGUGAAGCAAGAAAAAGACGACAUAAUCAAUAUUUUCUCUGUUGCAUCUGGUCAUCUCUAUGAAAGAUUUCUUCGCAUAAUGAUGCUCUCAGUACUGAAGAAUACCAAAACUCCUGUGAAGUUCUGGUUCUUGAAGAAUUAUUUGUCCCCCACAUUCAAGGAGUUUAUACCUUACAUGGCCAGAAAAUACAACUUCCAAUAUGAGCUUGUUCAGUACAAAUGGCCGAGGUGGCUUCAUCAGCAGACAGAGAAGCAGCGGAUUAUCUGGGGCUACAAGAUCCUCUUCCUGGAUGUGCUUUUCCCACUGGUGGUUGACAAGUUCCUGUUUGUAGACGCCGAUCAGAUUGUACGGACAGAUCUGAAGGAGUUAAGGGAUUUCAAUCUGGAUGGUGCUCCUUACGGUUAUACUCCUUUCUGUGAUAGCAGAAGAGAAAUGGAUGGUUACCGGUUCUGGAAGUCAGGGUACUGGGCCAGUCAUUUGGCUGGACGCAAAUAUCAUAUCAGUGCACUGUAUGUCGUGGAUCUGAAGAAAUUUAGGAAAAUAGCUGCUGGUGACAGACUCAGGGGACAGUACCAAGGUCUGAGUCAAGAUCCCAACAGUCUUUCAAAUCUUGAUCAAGAUUUGCCCAAUAACAUGAUCCAUCAGGUGCCAAUCAAAUCCCUCCCUCAAGAGUGGCUUUGGUGUGAAACAUGGUGUGAUGAUGCUUCUAAGAAGAGGGCAAAGACGAUCGACUUGUGUAAUAAUCCCAUGACUAAAGAGCCCAAACUGGAAGCUGCUGUGCGAAUCGUCCCCGAGUGGCAAGACUAUGAUCAGGAGAUCAAGCAGCUGCAGAUCCUCUUCCAAGAGGAGAAGGAGAUGGGGACCCUGCAGGAAGUGAGGACACAGGAAGGACCUCAGGAACAUGAAGAAUUAUGAUCUUUGGAGGAAGAUAGGAAGUCCCACCAUCCGACAGUUUUUGUACUAACUGCUAGUUUUUCUCUGAUCUGUCGAUACAACUGCUGAUGAACUAUUAGGCAGGUGUACCACACCUAUUGAUUUAGACUACUGCACCCUAGUGGGUGCUGCAUCUUUGGGGCUAAGGCUCUGUUGGAUUUGUACCUCAGAGGAAGACGCGUGGCUGAUCUUCUGGGACUCUCUUCACACCGGAGGGAGAAAUGGUGGCAGCAACUGAAAGGAACUGAGUCCUUUGGUGCGCACACCCACGGGCACACAUUGCUGCACUGGCUCAGAAGCUGGCCAGACAGCCACCAUGUCCUUCCGUACCUCAGUUUACCUGCAGCCCUCGCUGCACUGCAAAUGCCCACCCUGCACAGGUCAGGCCGGCAGAUGCUUCAUCCAAGGCCCGUGCCUCAAGGUCUAUGCCAACAUGCUUCUCACAUCUCGUGCCCCAUACUCUCUUCCCGAGCUCAGGCUCGUUGUUUAAUCGAGCCCACCUGGUAAUCAUGUGUCUUCAGGGUUGGCUCAGUUGCUAAGAAAUCAGUCUUCAGGAGAACCGGGGUGGCUUGAAUGAGGGUCGGGGAAACUCCAAGCAGAGGAGUGUUUUGUGGUGUUCAAAGGUAGAAGACAAAAAAAAUUGGCCAUUCUCUUUCAGUCCAUUGUGGCUGAAUUUAAAGGAAGCUUUAUUCUAUUCACAAUGAACUUUCUAGGUGAUUGUUUUGUAAACAAUUUUUAUAUUUAUGAAAAUGUUUGCUUUUUCUUCCUACUUUCUAAAAAACUAUUGGUACAAGGUUCCUGGCUGGGCACAGGUGUACUGAGUUCCUCAAUGAUCCAUCUCAGUGUACAGAGCCUCCAUCUGAUGGCCACCAUAAUGUCUGCCCUUUCCCUUGUAGAAUUUUCUCUCAGACCUAUGGCCAGGGAUAACUGUCUCCAGAACUCAAUUUCCUAUACUGUCUUUUCCCCUUUUAUUUUGACUCUGUGGGUUGCCUGUGGCUUUUAAGACAUGCCCAAGGCCUGGUCCAGUUUUAAGGGAACUGCUGCUGUGUGAAGCAGCAGCUGUCAUUGCUUUGUGUGGCCACAGCCACAGCCCAGCCUCACCUGAUCAGGAGCAGCCUGGGCUGGGGAGCCCGGGACGUGGUGUUACCUGGCUGCACAGGUGUGUGGUGUCAUCUCUGCCCAGGAAUCAGGAUCUGCAGCAGAGUUAGAGCACUGCUGGGCACUGGCCUGCCUUCUAGCUCAUGGGGGCUGCUCUUCCCUCUUCAACCUUUUAGAAAUGAGAAGGGAGCCGGGGUGUGGCUCAGUAGCAGACAAAGUGCUUGUCUAGCAAGCUCAAGGCCCUGUGUUCCAUCCCGGCACCGCACCCCGACUCCCACCCCAAAUAAAAGAAAGAGUGAGCAUGAAGAGGGAGUACACAUGGGUAAGUCCUUCACGUCUGAGCUAGGUAAUACAUGCGUUUCAAGGAAGGAUAAUCUGCAGUAGCCAUAGUCGGGUUUUGAAUGGACAGUUAUUAAGUAAUAAAUAGUGAGAGACAGCAAAACAGCAUUGAUUGGGAACUCACACAACUGGAGUUGCCCACUGCGUGUCCUGGGCAGAGCAGAGUGAUCCCUCAGGUAAGGCUUCCAAGUAAAAAAACAAAGAGCAAACCUAAAGUACCAUCAUCCAAUUCGGUGCUCACAACAUCCUGCAGAAACCAGCGGGGGACGCAGAAGCAGGCAGCUGGAGUUCCCUUUCUCCAGGCUGAGCUGCAGUGUUCCUUCCCCACUGCGGGCACUUUUGUAGCAGGGCUAGGCAGUAGCUGAUUCCUCUGACCUUGGGAAGGAUCUGGGAAUGAGUGACUUCCCAGCUAUAUUCAAGGAUGCCAUAUUUUGACUCAUCCCCAGACGAAGGGCCUUGGAGGACACUUUGAGAUAAACAUGUUCCAUAGCCAGCUUCUGAGCUAGCACAUGACAUCAACACACUGUACAUUGCAACAAGAAUUUUUAAAAUAAAGAUUUCACCACACAUAUAUCAAGUAAUUGAUUUUUUCCCCCCCAUUUUCAAAUCCUUUGUUCAGGCUUCAUGUCCACAUUCUAUUAAGCUUUCAGGGAUGCCACUACCACUGUCAACUGUAGGCAGAAACGUGUUCCCAGUGUAGUGGGAGCCUGUGGUGAGCCAGAAAUAGUCAGGUCACAGGGAUGUGCUUUCAAAUGUGGGCCCCAGCGGCCACUUCCUUAUUUUACCAAGUCAUUUACCCAUCCUCCGUGGGGACGGAGGUGCAGAGUAUGUCCUCUGUGGUCCUUCAGUCCCUCAUGUGUCACCACCCUGACAUCAGUCAUUAAUAGUUGAUGCUGGAUAGGUCAGACCCUGCUUGCAUCUAAAGUUAUUCGGGCCUUCCUCUGUCAGCUUCUUCCUUGCUUCCUGUGGAUUAACCAUCUCUACAAAUUAGGCAAAUGUCCCAGGACGAGUGUUGGUCUCAUCUGAUACCUCCACCGUGAAAAAGCAUACUGUGACUGAAAAUAUUUUCCAAGAAGCAGGAAAUAACUGGUCACAUGGAUGGUCCAAGCUUCUGGAAAGUUCGUUGUUGUUCUUGGCAUGCGUGUAUAUAUAUAUUUUUUUUUUCAUCUUGUCAUGUAGUAGUAGAAAGUUUCCUUUCUGAAUCAGUAGGGUAGUGUGACCUAUGACAUGUCAGAAUUACAUGCACCAGUGUGAGUCGGUCUCUGUGUUCUAUGGAAAGUGGCACUUGAUUGGCAUCUAGGGUGGUUGGGGCACAACUCUCCAUCCUGGAUUCAGUGAAAAGUUGACAGUAUUGGAGUAUUGGUUUCAUAAGAUAGUUGACCUUGUUAGUCUGGCAGAAGUUCGUUUCUGAUUGAACAUGUUUGUCUGAAGGUGCACACUUGUUGUACCGGGCCUGUCUGGUUAGAGGCAGGCUUCAUGGCAGAGCUGGGUUUCCUCUAUUCUCCUUGAAACUUUAUGUUCUGAACCUUGUUGACAUGUUUUAUCUGCUCUUAGGCUGAGUCCCUGAGCGAUGCACUGAGAGCCCAGUGGUAUAGAAGGAAGAAAAGAAUAGGAAGUAAACUUGAGUGGCAUGAUUUACAACUGGCCAGACAGCUCUCACAUGGUCAGGAGUACAGAGUCACUCCUCUUGUCCCUAUCUCUGUGACUAAAUCUUUUUCUAAAAUUGUUUUCCUUUUACCUGCAUGACUAAAAGAAAUCAUUUGCCUGAGGAGUUGAGAGGAGCCCUGGUCCACUUUGCUGGAUGGAUUUCAUGGGAAGCUGUCUAGUGGGCAACAUCCUGGUGAUGUGGACUCUUGACUGUGACUUCUGGGGCUCCGUCUUUUUAGUGAGUUGUCAAAUACUUGGCUUCCUGGGGAUAUUGUGUGAUGACCAGAGUCCAUCAAAUGGCUCAUCGUGUUUCUUGUUUAGUAAGGUAGCUUUUGUUGUUGAAAUUCAUGAGCUCCUGUCUCUCUGCCUUAAGGUAAUAAGGAAAGUCUUAAUGAGGACUUUUCACAUACCAGAUCGAGUUCAAGCACAUUAAACACUGUCGCUCAGGAAGUUACUGAAAUUUCCAAGUGUCUGGAAGGUUCUCAUUUCCUAUUCAUCGCUGGUGUUUUGUCUCUCCUUAAUAAAAGAAAGAGCCCUUCUGUGUCCCCUAGCAGUGGUGAGUCCAUGAAUUGGGCAGAGUCUCCUCCUCAUGUUGUCAUUGAAUGCCACUGGUGAUGGAGUCAGCGCCAAGCAUCAGCGUGCUGCGGGGAGUCCAUGAAGCUGGGGGUGGAAAGCAGGGGCCACUCCUGAGUUUCUGGUCCCUGGCAAUGUGAAGGGCCUGUGACUCGUGAGUAGGGCGUGGAGCCAUGCUCUUUCCGCCUGUGUUUUCUGUGCUGCCUUACUUGUUCCCAUUGAGCUCAACAGAGAAAUGGGCACCAUUCCCUCAGCCACAUGCAAACUACACUAACCUAGUUGGCAAUUUGAAACAAAAAACUUCCAAGUACUCUGUUUUCCAACCAAAAAUAUGAAAAUGGAGGCAAAGCUUAGGGUUUUUAAAGAAACUGUGUCCUACUUUCCGUUCAAACCAGUACCUCACUUGGUGUGAGGUCAAUGUCUGAACGUCAUGGUCCAAAGGAAUGCUGGUUUUAUCAUGAGAGGAAGCUCUGCUCAAUACAAUAAACUUACAUCUCUCUUCUUUA